CACCAAUCCACAGAUAAAGUACGGUCUUCACUCACUUACCUUGUUUCCCCUCAAAGGGAAAAAAUCCUUAAAAACUAAAGCGCAAAAAAUUUCGCUCUAUAGCUUUACCCGAAAAAUUCGCCAAGAAAAACACCAAAAUUUGCGAUGCCAAUCUUAUCUAGAUCGAACACUAUCCGUAUGUGGUGAAGAGGUAUAUGGACCGCGAAAUGUACACCCCCAUUGCCGGAUGAGGUGGUUCAACCCUAGAGACGCAGUGGCAUGUGCUAACAGGCUGUUUAGUAGAAAAGCAAAUGAAAGAACAUUCAACAGGACGGAACAUUUAAAUUUUAUUUUUAUUGGAGACUCACGGUUGCGGCAAAUUUUUUUGAACUUCCUUAAGUUCAUUCCCCACUAUGAUCUGGAAAUAGAACCGAGACUUAAUUCCUUAUACAAACUGCACCAGGACGUGAGUGUUACCAGUAGAUUACUGAACUUAAGGUUGUCCUUCUUCUGGCGGCCUUUUCUUGAAAAUUGCACUAAAGAUAUUAUUCCACAAAAGAUUCAACACACCGCAGACGUUGUCUUCUUUAUUUUGGGUAUGGCUGUACAUCACAUGAUUCGCGAAAACCAUUCUUCUUUAGAAGAAUAUUUGCACAGGCUAAAAGAACUUUUGCCAUUACUCAACCGCAUGACAGUCAACAGCCAAGUUAUCUGGCUAAAGCAGUAUCCAGUGAUUGAGCUAUUUGGACAGAACGAAAGCCACAACACGGACAUUCAUUCAGCAAAGAUACAUCAAUACAAUUUAGUAUCAGAAGAACUUUUGAGAAAAAUUGGUGUUACUAUUUGGAAUUCUGGAAAUAUUUUUGUCGAAGAAUACAUUCGAAGCUGUUUUCUCCUACAACGCGAUGAGUACAACAUAAGUGUGGAUGGAUUUUUCAGCUGCCUUGAUUACAUUCAUCCAGGAACUGCAGCAUUGUAUUCGGCCAUGCAGUUGAUUCUUAAUGAGAUUUGUUAUAAAACAUAGAAAAACAGAUCAUAUUUGAAGAAGAGAGAAGAGCCACUAAUUAUUCAUUUUUUUUCAUAACCAUAUUGGGGCUAUAGCUCCCCUCCCCCCCCUCCCCAACAAAAAUUACAUCAGUUUCGUUGAUUUUAUCCCUGAAAAAAUUGCCAAGAUAUGCACAACAAUUUUUUUUGGUUUUAUCGACAAGUUUUGUAGUAAAAACAUAUUAUUACGUGAUUUUUGUUUUCAGAUGUGGAUACAAUUUGCGAAGGGUGGCAGAAGCAUUUCCGAAAAGACGAUAAAUUUAGAACUAGAAUUUUGAAUAUUAAAUUGUACCUAUUCUAGUACAUAAAAAAUUGUUAAUGGAUACCAUAGCCAUUUCACAUUACUUCUCUACUUUUGUUACCCAACAAAUCCUAAGGCUAUCGGUAGGAACAAUGUAAACGGACUCUCUUGGAGGUGAUCCAAUAUUUCCACCCUAUGGUUUAUAUUAAGACCCUUUGAAGGAAUUUUAAAUAAAA